CUCUACCAUCCCCCCCUGCGGCAAGGACAGACGCACAGGAGAGGACGACGACGAUCUCCACCACCACCAAAGACGCAAAGAGGUGGUGCCCGUCUCGUCUUUCAGUCAAACAACCACUACAGUCCAACCACGGGCACAGCUGCGCCAAGACCUCUGCUACAGUCAAUACCUCUCGCUUCCCACGCCUACCUCGUCCUUCCCCACACCAACGCGCACCCUUCGUCUUCUUUGCCCUGCAGGCUCAGACGCUUUCUCGGUGGCUGAGCUGCCUCACACUCACCUACAAGCAUGGUACGCGAGUUCAACUUCUCCAAUGAGGCCAACAACAGAGCGGCAGGGACCAUCUCAGCGGGCUUGUAUGAGCGCAAAGCUCUCGACUGCACAGUACCACUGCCUCUCAUAGUCACCCUCAACAAUCUCGCAUACCUAGUCGCCAACAACCGCAAGAUACGUGAGCUCCUUUGCGAAGAUGGCGGCCUGGAGCGACUGAUUCGAAUACUCAGAGAGGUGCCCAAGAACAAUGGCUCCUUCACAAGACCACUUCACAACAAGGAUCUUCAGCCUAUGUGGAAGUGGACUACUGCUUUUCAAUGCAUCGUCCACCUUUGCAUUCGAGGAGGUGUCACAGUGAGGGAAAGGGCUGUGGAGGCAGGUAUUGUGCCAAUCCUAGUCAAGGUUCUCGAGAGCUACCUCUGCUUCUCGGACGCAAUGCGAGCCGAACGGAAGAGAGUCGCUGAAGAGAAGCGGCAGCAAAGGCAAGGGGUGGAGACAGAGGACCAGAGAGCAGAGCGGCAGCAGCGAGCAAGGGAAAGGGAGCGGGAGAGGAGAGAAUGGGAAAGGCAAGCGUCACUCAUCGCCGCUGCCACUGCCAAUUUAGGUCGUCGGGAGACCACGGAUACCGCAAGACGGACUCCCAGCCGGACGGUCCGACCAGCCAAUGGUGUUGAACGAGAUCCGACUGCCGUCCCUGCUCGGCCCGCCCCUCUAGAUCUUGCGGCAACGACACCUCAACACUCCAUACAACCACUCCCUUCGCUUCCGCCUGCGUCACAUUCCGCUCCACCUUCGCGCUCGCCCACUACAUCAACAUCUGGCAGGACAUCGACUACAAGGGCACCCAUGAACUCGGCUGCCUCUGCGUCGACUUCGGCAGCAAGCAGUCUCCAAAGACCUGCCUCUGCCUCUUCCUCGCGUAUUCCCGCACCACUCAUCAUUGCUGAUUCAGAAUCGCAGAUAGGGGAAGCUGUCGCACCUCAGACCCCGCGAAGGCAAGCUGCUACCUUGGCAAGCUCACCCCGCGGCAUGACAUUCCCUGUACAGCCUCGGGCUGCAGAGUUCACCGUUUUGCCUGAUGAGAUCAACCCGACGCUGAGCGUGCCGGUGCCCGUCGCGCCACUAGCGGCACCAUCUGCAUCGGCACCCCCUAGGCCUACCGCUGCAGCCGUUCUGAGCAACAACACAUCCCACGAAGAUCUGGCGGCUGGAGCUUGGUCGGGUAGCGAGGGGGCAGAAGAAGCUGAGAUGUCCGCUGACGGAGAUGACCCAGACGAGAGUGAGGCCGAGCGUGACUCGCAAGUACGCGGCGAGACAUCUGGCGCUCGCCGCGACGACGCCGAGGAAAGACGAACCCCAAGGGCUUCGCGUCGCGCACUCGCACCGCUUCUCGCUGCUCAGCACUCUAUCCCUGAAGUGCGAGGUGCGGAUCAGUUGCCAGCUACCCAGGAGCAGGACAGUGGAGCAGCAGUAGGUAUGUCCGCCAGGUCAGAGACCGUGACACCUAGAGCUGGCGUAUUCGAUGUCUCUACGGCUCCAAGCAGGGAGGACAGCCACCAUCAUCACCAUCACCACGGUCGGGACCGUCAUGCUACGGUCACCAGCCGUACUCGCCCUAUCCUGCCAACAACGUACAUCGCUGAGACCUUUGAUCCCACCGACAUGGCCUUCCGCGAAGAGGAGGUGCUGCUUUCCUUGCAGAUCUUGGCAUACCUCACAAAGUACUCGCACAUCCGAGCGCUCUUGCGCUUCCCCGAGAUGACAAGAGCUACCAAUCUUCAUGACCUCGAUGUUCUUUGGGAGAAAGCGGAGACCUCAAGCGGCACACCGCUGUGGCAACCAGGCAGUCCCUUCCAUCGCUCCAUUUACACAAUUGCAGAGCGGUACACAUGCCGUGCUACCCGUAGGGAUCCAAGCGCCGAGUUCAUUGCUGGUACCACUAAGCUGGCUCCUCUCAUCCAGUACUGGGCAGGAGUGGUCAUGCGCAACGCCUGCCGUAAGGAUGAUCGCGAGAACGACCCACACGCGGGCCUUCGCCAAUGCGGCAACAUGCUGUGCGGCAAGUGGGAGACUCAACCGCGUGAAUUCGCCAAAUGUCGAAGGUGCAAGAAAGCCAAAUUCUGCAGCAAGAUUUGCCAGAGUACGUCUUGGCAGAUUGGACACAAGUACUGGUGUAGCUCAAUCUCGGACGACACAGAAAGCAGUCGCGCCCGGGGUCACAGAGUAGAUGAGGAUGCAGCUGUGCCAGAAGUCACUAACAUUCUUGGCGAAGCCAUGCAGCCUCGGCCAGCUGGGCAACCCGGAGAUGAAGGCGAGAUGAACGGCGAGCAACGUGCAGUCCAAGGCGAUGACGGGCAAGUUCAGCUUCAAAACCAGGAGGUACUCAGGGAGGGCCCUGCCGAAUCAGAGGACAUGGAUCAAGCGAUGGCUGCACCGACGCCUCGACAACGCAACAGAGGCAGUAGCUUCGCCCGUGUUCCGAUUGCUCGGCGGCCCUCUGUACGUGACCCUUCACAAAGCAGCAGCGUGCCAGCUCGGAUUGUCAGCGAGGCUGCUUCUAUUAACGCGUCCGAUGUCAGUGAAGACGACGAGGCAGAGAUGACAAACAGCCGCCCAAUGCAGACAAGUGAGAACGACAUGUCGGAGCAUGAGCGAGGAGGGCCUACUGCACCUCUUGUUGGGGGCUUCAGGUUUAAUGCUCCUCCGGCACCUCGACGAACCGAUAUCGCUGGUAGGCCGCUGCCACCUCCUGUCAUUGCUGGCACAGGUAUGGAACUCGCCGGUCGGCAGGGGCUCGAUGACGACACUAUUGGCAUCGGCGACUCUGACGGCCAUUUCGACGUUCGCUUCAACGCUGCAGUUGUCGAGGAUCAGUUCGGCAGAGGUGACAUCGACCAGAUCACCUGGCGAGGGCAGACCCCUACCCAAGAGGUGCAGGAAGCUCACGCUAGGCACCGUGCUGCUCAUCAGCCGCAUCAGUUGUUUGAACCUAGCAAUACCGACAGGUCAGCUUUUCAGGGCGCCGAGACUCUUGAGCAAGGGGCAGAAGAGUACAGAAACUACUCGGCUCCAGCUCUGACAUCUCAGCCUCUGGCGACUUCGAUGUCACAGCAACCUACUCUGCACGCACCAGUGCCUUACUCUGGUCGUCGAUUCCCUUCAAUGUCGAUUGAGAGUGGGCCUGGCAGUGAAGCGGCACAUCCUCUGAACGAGCCGAGUCCUAGCACUGGCUAUUCGGGCACCAACCUUGUGCCUUCGUCGACUAUAAGUGGCAGGAGGGCUGUCAGUGGAGCAGUGCCGAGCUCACUCACUGCGCUCGAGGUCAGCGACCCAGUCGCUCGCCCUUUGAGAGGCCAACACUCAGGGCUUCAUCACCAUCACUCUCAUGGCCAACAUCUCAAUCAACACCAGCAUCUGAUCAUGAGGGGUGGCGUGGCCGCUGGCCUAAUGGGUCGCUCAGCUACUCCGUCCGCGUAUGAUCUCGAUUCUCACCUCGCUCGCGGGGCAGCUGGCAGCGGAUCGCAUCGCGAGAGGCCCUCCUCUUCCGAUCUGCCAGUCCGGUCCGUCAUGGGCUCAGCGUCGGCGAUGAGUAGCCCCCUCGGCGGAAGUAUGGCGCAUGAAGCUGAGGAGAUGGCCAACUACCUAGACGAGCAGGCCACGCCUCAUAUCGAGCGACGUGAUCCCAUCGGCAGUAGCAGCGGCAUUUCGCAUCAGGUGCAACGUCACGAUGAAUCAAACGCACACGGUCGCCCGUACUCUGCCUCCUACGACAAGAGGAGGGAGACGUCGACUACGACAGACCCACACAUGCACUCGCGUCGGCCAGUCGAAUACCAGACGAGUCUUCUGGGCAACGCUGCUCCCUCUGGCUCCCGCACCAAUAUUACAGCUCCAUACGCAUCUGCCUCGGCCUCUUCUGCAUCGGGAAGGUCCAGUCCUGAUCACAUGGAGAUGAGCCCGACGAUGCAUGCGCGGAGAGUGCACCAGGGGGAUGUCGAUGAGCAGAUGAACCUGGACUGAGCGGAACUGUGAACGAGAGCGGUCGAACUGCGCAAGAGGGGGAGGGAUAGGCGUGGCAUACCGUGAGGGAGAACGUUGUUCAUCUCCAGUGAGGCCGGGCGGAGAGGCGGAGAUCUCCGCACUCCAUCUUCUCAGCUUCGUUUUCACCUCGUAUCGUGGCGCCUCGUGGCAUCAAUAAUCACAUGUGACCCUCGAUAGCUUCCGUGUUCCUCCAAUUUUAUCGUACAUCGUCUUCUCCAUGAUGACUGUGAGCUGCGAAUGG